GUUCUUUUCUGGCUGGUCCGCUCGCGUUGGUGAGCUCAAAAUGCUGGCUUCCUCCUCGCGCAUUUCCCUCAAGCGAGUCACAGGAGGUCUGCGCUCGUCGCCAGUGCAUAUAAAUGGCGCUGAAAAUGUUUCACGCGUAUUGAGUCAUGCUCAGCAUAGACAUUCCUCUACUGCGUCUUUGCAGCCCGCACCCCCACCAUCUGCAUCAACGCGGCUGCGACACAAGCCAUGGGGCUUUACACCCGACACCAAUUACCAAGGUACACAGAGGAGAAGUGCGAUUGCUCGGUGUCAGAGUGAAAUGGCCCGUCUGGGAGAAAUGGGACGGUUUGCCGAUUGCCUAAGGCUCUGCAAGUCGAUGAAGAAUCAAAAUAUACAACCGACGUUACUGAUAUAUAACUCUAUGCUUGCCGCCGGGUCUAGGGAUGGUUUCAUCACGGAGGCGUGGGGUAUUUUUGAGGAUAUGAUAUCCAUGGGCAUUCAGCCAGAUAGACAGUCAUUCCACCAUCUCAUUCAUGCAUCGAGGCAUCAGCCUUCACAGUAUAUGUGGGAUGUCCUACAUAAAAUGGAGGGAAUGGAUAUUUCACCCAACGAGCACACGUAUGGGCUCAUAAUCGAGCGGUUUACAGCAGCUAGCCAACUUGAGCUUGCAUUGCAGUUUAUGAACGAGAUGGGCAAUCGUGGAUUCCCUCCUGAGCUACCUACCGCUCAAAGCAUGAUUAAACUCGCUGCACAACAAAGCUUCCCAAGGCUUGCAUUAGAUCUCGCUGAAAACUUUGAGGCAACUUCUGUUCGAAGAUUGGAUACUGAGACGUGGAUGACUUGCUUACAUUCCUCAUCGGAAGUAUUAUAUGCUGAAGGUGUCUUGCGAUGUUGGCAGAAACUUGUUCAAGAACUGAAAGUUGUACCUGGCGAAGGUGCUUGCCUUGAAGUUUUACAAACGGCCGGCCGUCACGGGCUUCCAGACCUUGCCACCGAUGUCAUUCGUGUGCUCAGGAUGAUGGGAGUCGAGUGGCAAGAAUGGCAUUUUGCACCAUUAAUCGAGUCGUUUUGCAAAGUCCAAAAACUCAAGGAAGCGUUUGGCACGCUCGAUAUUAUGCGCAGCAAUGGGAUUCAUCCUGUAGCGGAAACGACUCAGCCCAUUUUCAAAGCGAUUGCCAAAGAUAUCGACAAUGUCGAUGGCGCAUGGGAAAUUCUGGACGAGCUACGCAACGAAGGGAAGGUGAUUGAUGCCACAGCCAUCAAUACUGUAAUCCAAGCUGCCAUCUCCCUCGGCGAUCUGCAGCGUGCAGUGGGAGCAUACAAGGCCUUUCCAGACUAUGGUAGUAAACCAAAUAUCGAGACCUUCAACUUACUCCUUUCUGGGUGUAUCGCAGCGAGCCAUCGCGAACUUGGCAACAGGCUUCUCCUCGAGCUCAAGGAAGCAUCCAUCAAACCUGAUGCGCGGACAUACGAGCGGAUUAUCAUUCUAUGCUUGACACAGGCAAGCUACGAGGAUGCAUUCUUCUACCUCGAGGAAAUGAAGGCGCAAAAAUUCCUACCCCCUAUCUCUGUCUAUGACUCCAUUAUCCGAACAUGUGUCGCUAAUGGGGAUGCACGAUAUUCGCUAGCGUUAGACGAGAUGAAGCAGUGCGGUUACGAAGUUUCUAGGGACCUACAACGCUUUAUCUCUUCAGGUGGCAAGUCAAAUGCAGAUAUAAUUCGCCAGGCUCGUAGGGAAGGGCAGCAGCAGAGUAGUUCGUGAUCGUCCGUCGGAAUCUCCAUCAUGCCCACUUUAUAGAAGUUGCGCUUGGGGCGGAUUCAUGCGUGCUUCCACUUAAAAUCGAUAUCAUCCAUUUAUAUAUUAGAAUCUAAUAUCUUGGGCCGUGGCCCCAUCCUAUCCCCACUCAUUCAAAUACUACUUUGAGCAAAACCAUGACU